UCAUAUGCAACUCAAAGUCAUCAAAGAAUCAAAUUCUUUCUAUUAACAGAAGAAUCUAAUUCGUUAGUGUUAGAAAUAGGAUUGGUCAAAAAUUACUCAAAUCCUAAUAUUUAUGACAAGAUCUUUGGUAACCUUGAUAUUCACACAAACUAAUCAUCAUACAUAUCGUUCAAGCAAAGAAACUUGAACAAAAAAAGUUGCAGUUGCAGUCACAUUACAGUGCCACCAUCUACACUCCACUCUUCUUCCACUACUUUCUAGUUGUCACUUCUUCAGAAUUCCUCAAUUUUAUCUUUAAUUUAUUUAUUUUUAAUUAAUGUACCCUUCUUCUUACUUUCCCAUUUUCUGUAUCUCAUGAUAUUCUUGUAUCCAAGUUCUGCACUUUUAAUCAAACCCUCAAAUCCCAUUUCAUGGAGAUCUGAUUGUAAGCUUAAAAACAGCAAAAACCCAGUUCAAUUUCCUGCUUUAACACCCAUUUCUUGCAGAUUUCAGCAGAAAAAAGGGUUCUUUCAGCACAAAUUUUUAAGCAUUAGCAGUAGUAGUAUACAGAAAAAAUCUGAUAGUUUUUUGAUGAUGGAAUUUCUUAGUAAAUUGGGAAUUGGGUGUUUUGGGAAUAGGAAAGAUAGGCAAUUGCAACAAUUAGGGCAGAAGACAGAGACUGAAUCUGUUGCUGGUGGGCAGGAUAUUGUGGAUUCUGCCAUGGUUGAGUUUAACCUCUCUCCUAAGCAUCUUGUUGUCAUGGUUAAUGGUCUUAUUGGAAGUGCCACUGACUGGAAAUUUGCUGCUGAUCAAUUUGUGAAGCAGCUCCCUGACAAAGUAAUGGUGCAUUGUAGUCAAUGCAACACCGCUACAUUGACAUUUGAUGGUGUUGAUUUGAUGGGUGAACGUCUUGCUGAUGAGGUAUCCACUGUUAUCAGCCGCAGGCCUGGGUUGCAGAAGAUUUCAUUUAUUUCACAUUCUUUAGGGGGUCUUGUUGCAAGGCAUGCUAUUGGAAAGCUGUAUGAACCUCAGGAAACAUCGAACAUUUUGGUUGCAAAGGGAAACUACUUUGAAGAUGAGACUUUAAGUUGUAGCGUUGAAAAGGUUGGAGAAGACUGCCAAGGUAGAAUUGCUGGACUGGAACCCAUGAAUUUUAUCACUGUUGCAACUCCACAUCUGGGUUCACGAGGACACAGACAGUUGCCUUUCCUUUGUGGCGUCCUUUUCUUGGAGAAACAAGCUUCACAAACUGCGCACUUGAUUGCUGGAAGGUCUGGAAAGCAUCUCUUUCUAACUGAUACCGAAGAAGGCAAACCUCCACUUCUUGUUCGUAUGGCUUCUGAUUCAUAUGAACUAAAAUUCAUUUCUGCUUUACGAUCUUUCAAGCGGCGUGUUGCUUAUGCCAAUGUUGACUUUGAUCAUGUAGUUGGGUGGAGCACCUCUUCAAUCCGCAGGCGGCAUGAACUACCUAAGUCUAAUUUACUCGCAAACGAUGACAAGUACCCUCAUAUUGUUUACGUUGAGCAUGACACUCCGGAUAAUGGUCGCCAUAAAGUGUCUUCAUAUGCUGAUAACCAGACACUCGACUAUGAAGAGGAGAUGAUCAGAGGUCUUAACCAAGUACCUUGGGAACGUGUAGAUGUCAGCUUCCAUCAGAGCAGACAGCGAUACAUUGCACAUAACACCAUUCAGGUGAAGAGCUAUUGGUUGAAUUCUGAUGGUGCAGAUGUUAUCUACCAUAUGAUCAACAACUUCCUGGUUUAAUCUCCGGCAAUAUCGCUCCUUAUCUUGCACUCCAUGGGUUUGUCUGAAUUGUAAACUUAUAAUGCUUUACUCUGCAUUUCUUAGACUAGAUAUAGCUGCUCAUGUUGUAUUUUACUGAAAAUUCUGCUCAUGUACAUCUAUUAGACGUCAUUUUUGGAAUUUAGAACGCUCUUACUCUCUAUUAGUAUUAGUAUAUGAUCUUUGUAAUUAUUACCUUUCUCAUCUAUCAUAGCCAGUGUUAUGCAAGAACCUAGAGCUCUCACUUUUCCUGCAAUAGAGCUGUUUUUUUUUUUU